AUGCUUGAGGCCCAAGCUGGAAGAGAUUGCGCUCCCGGUUGGGUACAGAGAUUUGCUGCCAUGGCCAGCACGGCACAGACCUCCUGGACAAAUCUGACGGUUGACCUUUUGCGGAACAAUCCGCAUGUCGAUUGUCAGCCUGUCCUGAAGAAGCUUGUUGCCGAGACCGUGAAGACAGGUAUCCGCUUCAUCUCACAGCAAUCCAAGCCGACAGAAGGCGUUCGGGCCCUGCGUUUAGAUGCAUGGUACUACAUCCGGCGUGUCGGCACUGCAGAUGUGCUUAAGGCUCUACAGGUAGAAGAGAGCAUGCAGAACCAGAAGGUGUACCAUGUGGUAAUCCGCGGGAAUGACCCAAAAUUGAUGCCUCUUGGCAAGUGUGAUGGACAAGACGUGGUGACAAAUUACUGCUGUGAGCAGCUGUCGGUCAUUGAGGAGCAGGUUGAUAAGCUCCUGUUUGAAGAGCUUGCGGACCCCGCCAGCAUCCAGGAGGCCAUGGCAAGCCCAGCUUUCGAUGAGAUGCUUGAGCACUACUUCCUGUGCGGCAAGCAUGACAAAGAAGAGACUCUGCAUCUCAUCAGCCGGUUUCGUGGUGGAGCUAACCUGCUGCACACCUGCAUCAAGGAGGGCUAUCUGGAUACAUUGAGACUCUUGGGGCUCUUCCUGGACCACUACACGGAAGAAUCGCAUCCCAAAGCUCGUUGGAGGGCACUUGCAGAGCCGCUCUGCCGGGUGGGAAAGUACAAAUGCUCGGCCUUCCACCGUGCGGUGUACGACGGCAGGACAGACUGUCUUGAAGAAUUGGUGGCAUGGGCGCAGCGCCAUGGCCAUGACAUCUCAGAGAUCCGCAAUAUGGAGGAGAGAGACAUCUUGGCUGGAGAGACGCGUGGCUUGACUUGCCUAGAGCUCUCUGAACAGGAGAGCAACUUCGCUUGCUACAACAUUCUGGCACCGCUCUUCGGCGUACCAGCAAAAGAUGGUGGCAAAGAUGCCAACACGCGUGAGACGCGCCUGGCAGAGAGGACUUUGCCAAGAUUGGAGCUUGUCACUGCCUUCGAUGAGCAGACUCUGCAGGUACACCUCAUUAGCCCAGAGGCCAUUAGCUGGGAAAUUGUGUUGGCCGGUGUCAGGCAACUAAAGGCAAGUGAAGCCUACCGGGUCCGGGAUCCAAACCAGAUGGCAAUUAGGCUCGAGUGCAUCGCGUUCACGGAUGACUGCACACAAGAGCAAGCACGUGAACUUCUAGAGCAGUCCAGUGGGUUGGCAGCCCUUGAAGCCAAUUCAUGCACCUGGAAGUCGGACAAGACGUCCUUGAAUUUCUUGAUGGAAGUGGUGGAGCGUCUUGGUGCGGAGCCUUCCAGGCAUCUCCUAGCGUUCAUGCCGUCCAAGAUUCACAUCUCCUCACCGACUGCGGAGGAUCUUUCUGUCGAAGAAGAAUCAUCUGUAGAUGAGCGUACCACCUCCCUUUUGUUCCGCUUUGUGGAAAAUUGUGGAAAGUGGCCACAGUUCCUGGGAGCUCGCAACGGCCUCAUCAGCCGUAAGCAGGGCUCGCGGCUAGCGCUACAAGAUGCCCGAAGCCAUGCAGUUGUGGUAGCGGCCAUCUAUGCAACUCGCGUGCAUGCUUUCCUGGGGCACAUUCCCACUGAUUUGGAGGACGAAGGCCUGGGCGAGUGGCUGCGCAAGCAGCAACUCAUGCCUAUGGCGCGUGCCGUCUUCUUGCGAUUCUUUGACGUAGACAAGCUCCUCAUGCAGGAGCUGCACGAGCCGGAGGAUGUCCGCAAUGCCCUGCAACCUGGCGUUGUGCCUUUCUUGAAGAUGACCUUAUCGGCAUGGUUCCUCGGCACAUUUGGGCUUUAA